UUGCUGUUGUUGUGGUCUGGGGUCAACAAUACCUUUUGUUUUGUUGGGAGAUUCAUUAGUCAUUACUCAUUAUACCAUUACCCUCUUAUAUAUAUAACCCUUUUGCCUUAGUUUUUGUAUCUCUUAAACAAGAGAGAAAAAAAAGAUAUAGAAAGAGAUUAAUUAAGUAGAGGGAUAUGAGAACUAGGAGAGGGGCUUGUUAUCCAGAACCUGGAAUAGUAACAACGGUAUGUUCCGUUGCAAAGAGAAAGAAGGAUGUGCUAAUACUCGCGCAUAUGCCUAAAGAGUAUAAUUUUUGUCCAAAGAAGCAGAAGAAAUGUUCCGAGAAAACGGUUACGGAAUACGAUUAUUUCGAUACUUUGCCCGACGACCUUGUUAUUUCUAUCUUCUGCAAGCUUAGCUUCACAGCCACUUCCCCUUCCGAUUUUGUCAGCGUUUUCAUAACGUGUAAAAGAUUAAAAAGAUUAGCACUCCAUUCUCUUGUGUUAUCCAAAGCGUCUCCGAGAACUUUCUCCAUUAAAGCCAAAAACUGGUCCGAAUCUGCACAACGAUUUCUCAAACAGUGUGCAGAGGCAGGGAAUGUUGAAGCCUGUUAUACUUUAGGCAUGAUUCGAUUUUACUGUUUACAAAACAAAGGGAGCGGUGCUUCGCUUAUGGCAAAAGCUGCGAUGAACUCUCACGCGCGUGCUCUCUACUCGCUUGCGGUUAUACAGUUCAACGGCAGCGGCGGUACAAAAAGUGACAAAGACCUCCGUGCCGGAGUUGCUCUUUGCGCCAGAGCCGCUUUUCUCGGCCACAUCGACGCGCUGCGUGAGCUUGGACACUGUUUACAGGACGGUUACGGUGUUAAGCAGAACAUCGCCGAGGGGAGGCGUUUUCUCAUCCAGGCGAACGCACGUGAACUUGCCGCCGUAUUAUCAACCGGCGCCGCCGCACAUCAUUUUGUAUCAAAAAACGUUCAAUCGCAACUCCGACACGUCGUGGCGUCCGGAUGUCCGCUUCUGAGCGAUUUUGGAUGUAACGUGCCGGCGCCGGAGCCACAUCCGGCCAGCCGGUUCAUGGCGCAGUGGUUUGCGAUUCGAGGCGGUUCACCUGGUUCUGGUUUAAGGCUCUGUUCGCAUGUAGGUUGUGGACGGCCGGAGACGCGGAAGCAUGAGUUUCGACGGUGUUCGGUGUGUGGCGCGGUGAAUUAUUGCUCACGCGCGUGUCAAGCACUUGAUUGGAAGUUCCGCCAUAAGGUGGAAUGCGCACCUGUGGAGCGAUGGCAUGACGAAGAUGAUGAAGACGCCGGAGAAGAUGACGGCGACCGUGAGGUAAUGGUUAUGGAGGAUAGUUAGAGAAAUUUUCGGAAUGGUAUUAUGGCUAUGGUUAACGGUAACGGUAACGGAAGUCAAUUUACACGGCUCUAACGGCGAAAUGAAUCAAUUUUUGAUGAGGUGUCCAAGAAAUUAUACGUGAUUUAUUUGGCCGUGUUAAAAGGUAGAGACUUUUGUAUACGUACAUGUACGUACCUCAGUACAUGUCUUCCUUUUUUUCUCUUUCUUGUAUAGUGAGAAAAUUAUCCCGAAAAAUGAUGGGUGUUGAUUUUCCUAUUUUCUAUUUCCUUAAAAAUUUUGGUUACAAUCCUAAAAGUUUAUGUCAAAAGAAAAUUAUAAGUUAUGAUUUUGCUAUCAA